AGUGACCAGAGGAUUGUCCUCCUGUAGGCUCCGUGUGCUGUGUACUUAUUAUCUGAACUGAGUUACAUUACAUUCAUUUUCAGGGUUAGGUUUUUACUGAACAAAGCAUUUUAGCAACUCACCGUCAACACAGUGUUUGUAUUUUACAGUCAACAGCAGCGCAGCUUUUUGAAUAUUAACCCCUCUCCUGCUGGAAGUCAUUCAACAUGUCUGAAGCUGUGUAUCCACCAGAAAGUGUCUACAAUAGUUUUCCGAAGACAGAGGUUCAAACUCAAAAACCACAGAGGUAUAUAUCCAAAUUUAGACCGACAGUUAUUCUUGAGGAAAAAGCAAACAAGGAAGCAAUGAGAACGAUGGGACCAGCAAAAGUAGAGGUGGCACCCCCAGACCAGUACACCAAGAAGCAUUUCAAAGAGUCCAAACUGGCCAAAAAGACAGAGCCCUCAAAAGAGUUUUGUCACAGCUGCACUGUGAAGAAACCACCUGUUCCUGCAAGGACAGACAACCCACCGAUGGGCAUUCACACCAAAAGAGACUUUAUAAAGACAACUACUUUGGCUCCAAUGAAGCCACUGCCAACCUGUGUGGACACCAGCAAGGGACACAAGCAGCUCCUCGAAAAUUCAGGACUCGUACCAAAGUACAUCAAGAAAAAGGAUUAUGGAGAAGUACCUGAGUACCUUCUCCAGCGCAAUGAAGAAAAGCAGAGGGCUCAGGAGGAUUAUGAAAACUAUGUGAAAGAGCAGAAGGAGCAGGGAGCCAUAAAACUCAUGUCUGACAAGGAGCGACAAGCUCUCCUGGAGGGCCUGAAGAAUAACUGGGAUAAGCUGCACCACGAAUAUCAGGGCCUCUCGCUCGUCACCGACACCCUGUCAAAGAAAGCCCACAAGGAACGGCUGGAAGCAGCAAUGAAGCAGUUGGAGGACGACAUUAAUCUCUUCGAGAAGUUCAAAACCAUCUACAUACCCAAUCACUAGGACUUAAGAUCAAGAUCUGAGUUGAUCUGAUUUAUUUUGCUUUAUUUCUUCACCUCUCCCGUCGUUUAGCUACUACAUGGGCUUGAGAAGAAUAAAGUUAUGGAUGAACUCUAUAUUGUUUCCAUGAAUUAAUGCACCCAAACUUUAAGUAUAAAGAAAAGUUAAACUUUUUUUUUUUAAUUAGACAGGUUGACUGAUUUGUAUUAAUGAAUGAAAUAUUUGUACUAAUCUUCUGGAUCAUAAAAAUCCAAAAACAAAUGUAUUUGCAGUUUGGCCACAAGUUGAAAAAUCUGACUAUGGACUAUUUUCAGUCCUUUAGAUUUUCAAAAUAACCUAUUUUCUCAAACUAUUUCAAAAUUUUUAAGGGAAAACAUAAAUUUAAUGAUUCAAUGAUUUCAAAUGCGAGAGUCAAAUAAUGACAUUUAUUCCCCGUUUCUUUUGUUCAUCACUGGCUUGAAAUAUAUUUUUAUUUCUUUUCAAAGUCGUCAGAGCUGUUCAUUUUGGGAAUUGUUGAGCUAAUGUAUAUUAUAAUUUAAAAAUUUGAUUCAAUGUUUUUAUACAUUUUAUUUAUUAUU